UUUUGGAUACUUUUAACGGGCGGGUCUCGAUUUUAGGCUAUCCCCGCGAAAAUUGACCAAUCACUAGCCCUAACUUUACCUCUUGGAUUUUUCACUAACUGUUUCACUAUCAAAUUACCAUUACUUGCAAGGAUAAAACUCAGCAUAAAACCACCAACUUAUACACAUCUUAUUCUAAUGCAUAAGACACUAAUUGUAAAAUUGUAAAAAUCCAAAUCAAUGAAUCUUGAUUCAUAAUCCUUUACUUAAACCUUAUUAAGAGGGGAAAUAAACAAAUAAAUAAAUAAAUAAGGAAAAGUAUAUUGUCCAUAUUCAACUUAUGCUCUUGGUUUUUAAAAUAAAUCCCAAGUGCAUAAUUAAAGAUUCAAAAAAAAAAACCUAAAUGAGGCAAAAAUGUGGUUUCUUGGUUUCUCAACAUCAAGCAGAAGAAGCUAUUUGAUUGCAGGUGCAAUAACACUAGUUAUAAUUCUCACCAUCGUCCUGAGAAAAUUAGCCGUGUACCUCGAGAAAAAUAAUCAAGAAGAUCAUAAAUCUUCAAACAAGGUAUCCGAUCAAAGCGACCACCGAUUACCCGAUCAUCAAAAGCCUGCAAAAUUAGAAGCAAAACCAACGCAGGCAAUUCCCAAUACUAUAAUCAACCGUUCUUCUUCUUCGAUAAUUAGGACAUAUUCACUCGAGGAGCUAAAAGUGGCCACAAGUGAUUUUAGGAUUCGUAUUGGAGUUGGAGCAACUUCGUACGUUUAUCUUGCCGAACUCGGCGAUGGAAGAUUCGGAGCUGUCAAACGUGUCUUGGAAGAGAGAGGCGGCAGCCAAAAGAUGUUUCUAGAUGAAGUUUCGGUCCUUUUACGGAUUUCACAUCCGAAUUUGGUCGGAUUGAUGGGAUUCUGCCUCGAGAAAGGUAAUUAAUUUCCUCGCUAUAUACGUUCUUCGAAUAUUCGAUACAGUUUACGAAGCCUGAGACGACAACAGAAAACGAUCUGCUCUGUUCUUUAAUAUCAUAGCAAAUAAAUUUAUAUCGAAAUUCGAAAGCAAUUCCAUACAAAAUUCAAUAUUCCAGUUAACCAAAUAACAGUUUAU